AAGAAUUGCAGCUCAAUUUCCGCUAUGCCCGGAUUGGUGUUCUUUGGCCGGCGUUGGGGCAUUGGAAGUGAUGAUUUUGUCUUCCCUGGAGCCUUUGAAUUGUUCAUCAGAGUGACCUGGUGGAUUGGAAUUUUGGUUUUGUAUUCUAUACACAAAGGACAGUUUAACUGCACCGGAAGUGGUCUGCUGAAUAACUACCUUCUCAUCCUCCUUAUCCUCUUGGCGUUCAUCGUAGCUGCUUUGUCAUCUGUGACCUACACCAGCAUGCAAGGAACCAUUUCCAAUCCCGGACCAAGGAAAUCACUUCCCAAGCUCCUCUAUGUCCGUCUGGCUCUCUACGUCCCAGAGCUGGUCUGGGCUGUGGUGGGAACGGUGUGGAUAGCCAACAACCGAGCAAACUGCGAAAGAGCUAUGAUCGACGCCAUUUUGGGGACUGUUAUUGUCAGCUGGGUGAUCAUCAUCUUCACCGUGGUGGCAGUUGUCAUUUUCUUCGAUCCUCUUGGAAGCAAGUCGGUCUACCUGGCUGACUACGCCAGUCGCAAUCUGGAGAGCAGCCAGUCCGAGCAGCUGUUCUGCAACCUCAAGAAGAGGGCCACCCGCGUCUGGGAAAAAAGAAUCCGGUUGUUGUGUUGUUGCAUUAUGCAAAAUGACGACCACCGCGUGGCUUUUACGAGCAUCGCCGAACUUUUCCGUUCCUACUUCUCGGACACGGAUUUAGUGCCGAGCGACAUAGCCGCAGGCCUGACUCUGCUUCACCAAGAGCAGGAUAAGGUCGAACAUUCAAAAGACCCGGAUGAAGUUUUAACUCAGCCCCCGUCGCCUCCUGCAGCCGAUGAUUUGGAGGUUGAACUGGAGAACGCGGCUCAUUAUAUGAAGUUUGCAGCAGCUGCGUAUGGCUGGCCCUACUACGUCAUGGUGAAUCCUUUCACGGGCCUCUGCAAACUGAGGGGAUUCUGUUGCAGAAACAGCUCAGAGCAGACGGAGAUUAUCGGCAAUGAUUACCUUAACAUGCAUUUUGGGUCCAUCCUCCAGACCACGGGACUGCAGAACCGAGAUUUCAUCCACAUCAGCUUUCACAAUAAAAUUUUUGAGAUACCUUUCUUCGUGGCCUUGGAUCAUCAAAAAGAAGCUAUCGUGGUAGCCGUGAGAGGAACUUUAUCGUGUGAGGAUGUCCUCACGGACCUUUCGGCAGACUGCGAAAGCUUAACUCUUGAAGAUGUCCUGGAGAAUGGCCUUGUCCAUAAGGGGAUAACCCAGGCUGCCAAUUACAUUUAUAGGAGACUGAUAAACGAUGGGAUUUUGAACCAGGCAUUCGGCAUCGCACCCGAAUAUAAAUUGGUGGUGGCUGGCCACAGCUUAGGAGGGGGCGUUGCCUCCAUCUUGUCCAUCAUGCUCAGAAACUCUUUUCCCAACCUGAGAUGUUACGCUUUUUCUCCACCUGGAGGUUUAUUGAGCAAAUCCCUCGCGGACUACACAAAGCAGUUUAUUGUGUCAGUCAUUGUGGGAAAGGACAUCAUUCCCAGAUUAAGUAUGCUCAAUUUGGAGGACUUGAAAAAGAGGAUCGUUAGAAUGGUUGCUAACUGUAACAGACCCAAGUACCAGAUUCUCUUGCAUGGAUGCUGGUAUGAAGUUUUUGGAGGCAAACCUGAUAACUUCCCGACGGAACUGGACGGCAGGGAUCAGGAUGCUUUGACCCAGCCUCUCCUCGCCGAAGAGAACUUGAUGGCCCAGCAGUCACCUUUGUACACAAGUCUGGAUGACAAUUCCCCUUUAGGGUCCAGCCCUCAAUACCCUCAAUUGUUUCUCCCUGGGAAAGUCAUCCACAUCGUCGAAGAACACAGCACAAAAGGCUGGUGCUUUUCUGAAAUCAAGUAUUCAGCCAGCUGGUCCAGAGAAACUGCCUUUGGUAGUAUUUUAAUCAGCCCCAAGAUGAUCACCGAUCAUUGGCCCGAUACCGUCCUCAGAGCUCUCCAAAGCUUGGUCCAAAGCGAUACAUCUUGCGUCUCGUGCCGAUCACAAGGUGAAGCUUUCUGAAUGUUGUAUUAAUGGCGGAGACUGGGCAAGCACAACCGGACUGUCCCCAGGCGUUCACAAGAACAGCCUUUAGCAGUUCAGCUGCGUGUGUGUCUAAAGCAGAAACCAGUGCAAGACCUUCAGAUGUUUCUGGAUGACCAGAUUCGGUUGGAGUAACAUCUUCUGGACUGCUUGUAACGGAUUGAGACGUUUCGUGUUGGAAGAUGUGAUUUCGUGGAAGUUUUAAUCGGUCACAUCUGCCCGGGGACUGCUGUUGACUGAGAAGAACCCAACUGAUGGGAAGUGAUGGUUGAUGUGCUCCUGAAGACCUCUUAGAUCCAUCUGAUCUGCUACACGUUUCUCCAAGCACAUGAUGUGUCGUCAAACCAAUUCCCUAUGGCUUAGUGACAUCUGACCGCAGGUUUAUGACCUACUUGUAAAUGUGUAAAUCAGGAAUGUUGGUGAGAAUUAACUUCAAGUCAUCGCCUAGUUGGAUACACAUUGAAUGAUUCUCAUGUUUCUGCUGAUGAUCAGAAAUGUCUUGGGUGUUCUUUCUUCUUGAAAGGAAUUAGUAUUUUCGAUCUAUUCUUGGAUAUCUGUGCAAUUACGUCCAUUUUUGUUUACAGUUCUUUAAGACUGCUGAAUGUGCAAUUAAUUAUAGAAAAUGUAAAAGCCACGGUCUUUGGUUCGUGUUAGCACAAACCAGGAAAAGAUCAUUUUAGCUCUGUAUCAAGAUUGUGUAAUUUUU